GGAAGUUGUGACAGGUUUCUAGGUUUGUGUCCGGUUGGCAUUGCUAGUUUUUAUUGUGGCAUCAAGGAAAUAUUCCUUCCGAGUACAAACAAGGACCGCUCCUGUUAUGGAGUCACAGGUGGUGACCAACCCGGAGGAGAUAGCCAAGCUGUACAGAGAACUCAGCCUGUAUCCCAGUCUGAGCAGAGCGGAUGUGGGACCUGUCAUUACCUCUCAGUAUGGAGGCAAAUACAGCAACAUCUACACAGAAUGGAGCCAGCGAGAUUUGGAGAGGAAUGAAAAUGUCAAGUUUUGUAGGCAGUACAUUGUAUUUCACGAUGACAAGUCUUUGGUCUACUCUGGAGCAUCAGGAAACUGCACCGAGAUCAGAGGAGAGGUGCUAAGUAAGGAUUCUCCUUCCGGUGAAAUGAAGGCAGUUGUCAGAGAAUGCACGAUCAAAGGAGAGGAAAAGCAGUUUCUGGAGAUCUGGAGUAAAAACAUCAAAAUGAAGAGCAUCAAUCUGACAGCCUUGAAAAAGCACGGGAAAGUCUAUGAAGAUGAGCAGUUUGGCUGCCUGGUCUGGUCACACUCAGAGACGCACCUGUUGUAUGUGGCGGAGAAAAAGAGACUAAAGGCUGAAUCAUUCUUCCAGAUGGUACCUCCAGAGUUGUCUUCUUCUAUAGAUGAGGAGGAGACCACAAGGUUGGACAAAAAAGAGACUGUUAAGGGGGAGCAAUUUGCCUACCAUGAGGACUGGGGGGAAGCCUUAGUCAACAAGAGCUGCCCUGUGCUUUGCGUUUUGGACAUAGAGGGUGACAACGUAUCUGUGCUAGAAGGAGUGCCUGAUGAUAUUUCACCUGGACAGGCGUUUUGGGCUCCAGGUGAUACAGGUGUGGUUUUUGUUGGCUGGUGGCACGAGCCUUUCAGACUCGGCCUAAAGUUCUGUCCAAACAGAAGGUCAUCUCUGUUCUAUGUUGAUCUCACUGGUGGAAAGUGUGAGCAACUUUCGUCAGGCUCCAGUGCAGUGUGCUCUCCCAGGCUGAGUCCAGACCAGUGCCGAAUCAUCUAUCUGGAGUGUUCUGUCUAUGGACCGCACAUGCAGUGCAGCAAAGUCUGCAUGUACGACUGGUACACUAAAAAGACCUCCGUGGUGGUUGAUGAGGUGAAGCGAUCAAAAGAAGAUGGUUUUGCUGGCAUCUAUUGUUCUCAGUUGUCUCCGAAGUGCUGGUCAGCUGACAGUCAGCGGGUUCUUAUUUCCUGUCCUCAGCGCAGCCGCAAGGAUCUUUUAACAGUGGAUAUCAGCACUGGGAGUGUCACCUCUCUCACUGCAGAGUCUGAUAUUGGUAGCUGGUGUCUGCUGAAUAUAGAGAGAGAUCUUAUGGUGGUCAGCUGCUCCUCCCCCAACUGUCCUCCAUAUCUGAGGGUGGGCUUUCUUCCCAGCAGGGAUUCUCAGGAGAAAGUGGUCUGGGUUACUUUGGAAGGGUCACAAAUGUUGCCAGAUAUUGGCUGGCAGAUCAUGACAUUUACUCCUCCACCAGAGCAAGACAACAGCCAAUACCCUGGUAUUGAUUUUGAAGCUUUGCUGAUCAAACCAAAGGAAGUUAAGGCUGAAGGAAAGUUGCCUCUGGUCGUCAUCCCACAUGGUGGUCCUCAUUCUGUGAUUGUGGCUGAAUGGAUUCUGUCCUCCUCUGUGUUGUGCAGCAUGGGCUUUGCUGUCUUACUAGUGAACUAUCGAGGGUCUCUUGGCUUCGGUCAGGACAACAUCCUCUCAUUGUUGGGCAACGUCGGCUCCCAGGAUGUCAAAGAUGUUCAGUUUGCCGUGGAAAGUGUCCUGAAAAAUGGCGAGUUUGACGGGCAGAAAGUAGCAGUUUCUGGGGGUUCCCAUGGUGGUUUUUUGGCCUGUCAUCUGAUUGGCCAGUAUCCAGGUUUCUACAAGGCCUGUGUGGCACGUAACCCUGUCACCAACUUAGCCUCUAUGGUUGGCAGCACGGACAUCCCAGAUUGGUGCGUGGUUGAGGCUGGUUAUGACUACAGUCACGACUGUUUACCUGAGCCUUCAGUUUGGGAACAGAUGCUAAACAAGUCCCCCAUCAAACACGUCACGCAGGUGCAGACACCAGUGCUGCUCACUUUAGGGGAAGAUGACAAGCGUGUACCCAACAAGCAGGGAAUUGAGUACUACAAAGCUUUAAAAGCAAGGCAGAUCCCUGUUCGGCUGCUGUGGUACCCAGGCAACAACCACUCACUCUCCAAGGUGGAUGCAGAAUCAGACGGCUUUAUGAACAUUGCUCUGUGGAUAAUUCAACACUUGAGUCUGUGAUAACGCCGUGUGAAAAAGAUUACCUCAACCGGGGUUAAAAAAAGAUCUGUUUUUAGGUCCAAUCCAAAGCAUUGCAGCUUCUCUUCACUAAAGGGCAAAAUCCUUUUACUCUCUUAUUUUUCUUUCUUUUUUUAACAGCAACAGGUUCUUCAAGUAACUGUUUAAACUUUUAACAGCAGCUGAUGAAAAGCCGUUGUGUUUCUACAGAAAUAUGAUUUUGCUUUGAUUUUGCAAAAACGAAGGGCUUUUGAGUCUUAGCUUUGAAUGAUAUUGAAGAAAUAAAUUCUUUCUAAUCACAUUUUCCAUUUUUUCCAAUUAUUUGAAGUCAAAUCAAUGUUACUGUUUGGAUUUAGUGCAUUUAAUAAAGUGAUUUUGAAACUG